GUCAACGGCUUGUCUGGUGACGUGUCUCUCCGCUCUCUCUUUCCCUCACGGAGCGGCUGAUGGAGCCACACUGACUCCACUGCUCACUUAAACUGGUACCAGCUACACUGCAGGAGUCGGUCUACGGACACCAUGGGGAUUAAAUUUCUGGAGGUCAUCAAGCCUUUCUGUGCAGUCCUGCCAGAGAUUCAGAAACCAGAAAGAAAGAUUCAAUUUAGAGAAAAAGUACUAUGGACUGCCAUCACUCUGUUCAUCUUUCUGGUGUGCUGCCAGAUUCCUCUGUUUGGCAUCAUGUCAUCAGAUUCAGCAGAUCCCUUUUACUGGAUGAGAGUAAUCUUGGCUUCUAACAGAGGUACUUUGAUGGAGCUCGGUAUCUCACCCAUCGUCACCUCAGGCCUCAUCAUGCAGCUGCUGGCUGGUGCCAAGAUCAUUGAGGUGGGAGACACUCCAAAGGACAGAGCUCUCUUCAAUGGAGCUCAGAAAUUGUUUGGAAUGAUCAUCACCAUCGGACAGGCUAUUGUAUAUGUGAUGACUGGCAUGUAUGGAGAUCCUUCAGAGAUGGGUGCUGGGAUAUGCUUGCUCAUCAUCAUCCAGCUUUUUGUUGCGGGUUUGAUAGUCUUGCUGCUGGAUGAGCUUUUACAGAAGGGCUAUGGUCUUGGAUCUGGUAUUUCUCUCUUUAUUGCCACCAAUAUCUGUGAAACCAUCGUCUGGAAGGCUUUCAGCCCGACCACUGUCAACACUGGGAGAGGUACGGAGUUUGAGGGGGCCAUCAUUGCUCUCUUCCAUCUGCUAGCUACCCGUACAGAUAAGGUGCGCGCUCUGAGAGAAGCCUUCUACAGGCAAAACCUUCCCAACCUCAUGAACCUCAUCGCCACUGUCUUUGUGUUUGCAGUGGUCAUAUACUUCCAGGGUUUCAGAGUAGACCUUCCCAUCAAGUCAGCUCGUUACCGUGGUCAAUACAAUACCUACCCCAUCAAACUGUUCUACACCUCCAACAUCCCAAUCAUUCUGCAGUCUGCUCUGGUCUCCAAUCUGUACGUCAUUUCUCAGAUGCUGUCAACACGUUUUAGUGGCAACUUCCUGGUCAAUCUUCUGGGCACCUGGUCGGACACUACAAGUGGAGGACCAGCUCGUGCCUACCCAGUGGGCGGUCUGUGCUACUACCUUUCUCCUCCUGAGUCAUUUGGUUCUGUUCUGGAUGACCCAGUUCACGCCGUCAUCUACAUCGUCUUCAUGCUUGGCUCCUGCGCCUUCUUCUCAAAGACCUGGAUUGAGGUCUCAGGAUCUUCUGCCAAAGAUGUGGCGAAGCAGCUGAAGGAGCAGCAGAUGGUAAUGAGAGGACACAGAGAGACCUCCAUGGUGCAUGAACUUAACAGGUACAUCCCCACAGCGGCUGCCUUUGGAGGGCUCUGUAUAGGAGGGCUGUCUGUCAUGGCAGACUUCCUUGGUGCCAUUGGAUCGGGUACAGGAAUCCUCUUGGCUGUGACCAUCAUCUACCAGUACUUUGAGAUCUUUGUUAAAGAGCAAAGUGAAGUUGGCAGUAUGGGAGCACUGCUCUUCUAAUUGGAUUUAAAUUAAAAAAGCCAAUCUUCUGACACACAUCGGACACAAACAAUCCACCCCCCUUUUUUUUUUAUUAUUAUUAUUUUUAUUUUGGCUAUUUGGUCAAUCAGUGUAAUUUGCAGCUGGAAUAUGUAAUUGUACUCCACCACCUUUGUUCGCCACCAACCUGCUCUCACUUGAGGAAACUACUUUGGUUAUUUGCAGGGUUGUGCUUAGUAUUGAGUCUCUUCAAUCCUUUUAUUCCAGUAGCAGUUACCCAUCUCUGUAGGCUCCCUAAAUCCCCCACUGAUUGUUGCAUCAGCUGAAGAAUGCUUAAAAGCACAUAAGUGUAAGGGGCUGUCUUUGACUUACCUCAGGCAUUUUUCUUUGUAGCAUGUUCAAGGAACACUAAGACAGCAGCAGUAUGUUGAUGCUCCUCUCAAGCUGAAAGCACCGUGCCUGGACAUUGGGGGGGAUGUGAUAGAAAGCCAUGUCAUGUUCAUUGCCUAGCAAGCAUGCCUGAGGUUUCUAAGGACCUAGAGUAGGAUGUGAAAAGCAUAAAUGAAAUAUGCUUGUACUCCUGAUAACGUUCUGGUAAUCUCAGACUAACUGCAGGUGGUUCUCAUUGACCUUUAUUUUCAUUUUAAAUCGUGGUCUACGUUUAUAUUCACCCUGGUCUUACGCAGGGCAGAGCGUUUGUCUCUGGGCCCUCAAAGGAAAGUAUUUUUUCUGUGUUGUCAUGCUGUUUUAUUCCUAGACUGAAUUGCUGCACAAAACUGCCGAGAUGGUCGGGAAAAGGGUGGGUUUGAUAGGGCUGAAAAAGGGGUUUCGGUUUUUGUUUUUACUUUAUGUAACAGACAUAUUGUGUUAUUAAAAAAAAAAAAAGAAUUUGUUUUCCAA